GAUGAGAGAGAUGAGAUAAGAUUGAUUUGUGAACACCAAACGAGAUAUGAUCGUUCCUGCCUUCCCCACAACCACAAGUCCACAACCAUCAUCAUCCGCCUUCCAACCUCUUUCAACCGCGUCCACCCCAGCCGUGCAACGAAUAUGUACCCUGCCCACGGCCUGCCUUCUGUUACUACAGAAGCCCCCCAUGCCCCAUCAUUCGGUGGUUCGCGUAAAGUGAACGUCGGCACAUCAAUCCUGUUCCUCUAUAUGGUUCGCAAUCGACUUUUGUUGAAGGGACUACAUCCAGGGCCUCCCGUCAAGUCUUGA